CAUCUAGAGGCUCGUCGCUGCGGCGUGGCCAGGCCCGGGACGAUGCCGCCCCCCGCAGACAUCGUGAAGGUGGCCAUCGAGUGCCCGGGGGCCUUCCCCAAGCUCAUGGAGAUCGACCAGAAGAAGCCCCUGUCCGCCGUGAUAAAGGAAGUGUGCGAUGGGUGGACGCUCACCAACCACGAGUGCUUUGCCCUGCAGCACGCCGACAGCUCCAACUUCUACAUCACCGAGAAGAAUCGCAACGAAAUAAAAAACGGAGCUAUUCUGCGGUUGGCCACAUCACCAGCUCAAAAUGCCCAGCAGCUCCAUGAGAGGAUCCAGUCUUCAAGCAUGGAUGCCAAACUGGAGGCCCUGAAAGAUCUAGCCAGCUACUCCCGGGACAUCACGUUUGCCCAGGAGUUCAUCAAUCUGGAUGGCAUUUCUCUCCUCACCCAGAUGGUGGAAAGCGGGACUGAGCGCUACCAGAAGCUGCAGAAGAUCAUGAAGCCCUGCUUCGGGGACAUGCUGUCCUUCACCCUGACGGCAUUCGUGGAGCUCAUGGAUCAUGGCAUCGUGUCGUGGGAUACCUUCUCUGUGGCCUUCAUCAAGAAGAUCGCCAGCUUCGUGAACAAGGCGGCCAUCGACCUGUCCAUCCUGCAGCGCUCGCUCGCCAUCCUGGAGUCCAUGGUGCUCAACAGCCACGACCUGUACCAGAAGGUGGCGCACGAGAUCACCAUCGGCCAGCUCAUCCCCCACCUCCAGGGAGGUGCCCUCGAGGGUGGGAGCCUCACGGUCCAGGCUCCGGGGCCCCCCCUCCACCCUGACUGCGCCCCUCACCUGCCCCGUGUGGGCUUCUCUCCCCUCCCCGUCCCGCAGCACGUCAUCCGAGCCCAGAGAGCCAUCAACAACGAGAUGGCCCACCAGCUGUACGUCCUGCAGGUGCUCACCUUCAACCUCCUGGAGGACAGGAUGAUGACCAAGAUGGACCCCCAGGACCAGGCCCAGAGGGACAUCAUCUUUGAGCUGAGACGCAUCGCCUUCGACGCCGAGUGUGAGCCCAGCAACAGCAGCGGGAGCAUGGAAAAGCGCAAGUCCAUGUACACGCGGGACUACAAAAAGCUGGGCUUCAUCAACCACGUGAACCCGGCCAUGGACUUCACCCAGACGCCCCCCGGAAUGCUGGCCCUCGACAACAUGCUCUACUUUGCCAAACACCACCAGGAUGCGUACAUCCGGAUCGUCCUAGAGAACAGCAGCCGAGAAGACAAGCACGAGUGCCCCUUCGGCCGCAGCAGCAUCGAGCUGACCAAGAUGCUCUGUGAGAUCCUCAAAGUGGGAGAGUUACCCAGUGAGACCUGCAACGACUUUCACCCCAUGUUCUUCACCCAUGACCGGUCCUUUGAGGAAUUCUUUUGCAUCUGCAUCCAGCUGCUGAACAAGACUUGGAAGGAGAUGAGGGCAACUUCGGAAGACUUCAACAAGGUCAUGCAGGUGGUGAAGGAGCAGAUUAUGAGGGCUCUCACGACCAAGCCUAGCUCCCUGGACCAGUUCAAGAGCAAACUGCAGAACCUGAGCUACACGGAAAUCCUGAAAAUCCGCCAAUCGGAGAGGAUGAACCAGGAGGAUUUCCAGUCUCGGCCGAUCUUAGAACUGAAGGAGAAGAUCCAGCCUGAAAUCUUAGAGCUCAUCAAACAACAGCGUCUGAAUCGCCUCGUGGAGGGCACCUGCUUCAGGAAACUCAACAGCCGAAGGAGACAAGACAAAUUCUGGUACUGCCGGCUGUCGCCCAAUCACAAAGUGCUGCACUACGGAGACCUGGAGGAGAGCCCGCAGGGGGAGGUGCCCCACGACUCCCUGCAGGAUAAACUGCCCGUGGCCGACAUCAAAGCGGUGGUGACGGGGAAGGACUGCCCGCACAUGAAGGAGAAGGGCGCCCUGAAGCAGAACAAGGAGGUCCUGGAGCUCGCCUUCUCCAUCUUGUAUGACUCCAACUGCCAGCUGAACUUCAUCGCUCCCGAUAAGCACGAGUACUGCAUCUGGACGGACGGGCUCAACGCCCUGCUGGGCAAGGACAUGCUGAGCGAGCUCACGCGCAACGACCUGGACACGCUGCUCAGCAUGGAGAUCAAGCUGCGGCUGCUCGACCUGGAGAACAUCCAGAUCCCCGACGCGCCGCCCCCCAUCCCCAAAGAGCCCAGCAACUACGACUUCGUCUAUGACUGUAACUGAGGCCGGACUGAGCCACGUGGCGGCCGGGCCAAGCCCCGCCCACGCCCCGCCCCCAGCCCCGCCCCGCCAGAGACUGCCGCGCUGCCCGCUUCCCUUCUCACUGCUGCAGCCCCGGAGCGGCCCGGAGGGGGAGGGAGAGGGGCAGCCCCCCCCAGGGGGCCUGGGCGGAGCCGCCAGCCUCCCUCCCUCCCCAAGGACCAGAAGGAGGACCUUCAGCCCCAGCCUGGCCUCCCAAAGGACAAACGGGCUGGAUUCAGGGCCCGGACCCCGCUCUCGGCCCUCCCUCCCCGCUGCCCCCGCCCUGCUUCUGGGCUCUCCCUUCCCCAACGGAUGCCCUCUAGUCUAUUAACUCAAAGCACAAGUCAUGCAGCCCUGAGUUGGGUCUCUCUCCUCUUCCCUUUCUUCUUUCUUCUGCCCCCUCUGCUCGCUCCCCCUCUCUUCCCCUCCCCCUUCU